GAAAACAGAAUUGGUCUCAUUUCGCGCAGUGUGCGUGGUUUACAUUUUACGUUUUUGAACGGAGUUGGUAUCUUCUAUUUUAAUAAAAUUGAUUGAAAACUGUUCUUAAAUGUUUCGGAAAUAGAAUUUUGCGUCAGUGCUUCGUUCUCAUUCAACGGGAUUAUUGAUCAUGGUUCGGAGUAGCGACAAAAUCAGGGAUAGGCAUCACAGGAGGCGAUCGAGGACGCGGUCGCGAUCGAGAUCGACCACGCCGGAGAAGAAGCGUCGACGAUCUAGGAGCAGGGACAGGGACAGGGAACGGGACAAGGGUCGGCACAGAGAAAGGCGAAGUCGUUCCAGAGACCGGGAUAGGGACAGGAGAGAUCGCUCCGACAGAGACAGGGACCGCGACAGGAAACGUGGAGACAGUAAAGAAAAGCGUCUUACAGGCUCAAAGUCCUCGCGUUCAGGCAAAGAUCGAUCGAACAGAUCGAGAUCGCGGGAGAGGAAGGAGAAAGAGAAGGGCGAGAGCGAUGAAUUGCCAUUCGAUCACACUAAAUUGGACAAGGAGGAGGAACAGAAACGAUUGGAACUGGAAAUGCAAAAGAGAAGAGAGAGGAUAGAGCGGUGGCGGGCGGAACGGAAAAAGAAAGAAUUGGAGGCGACUAAGAAAGAUGGUAAGACAUCGAUUUUAGCAAAUCUUCAGCUGCCCAUGAAAAAGUGGUCGCUCGAAGACGACAGUGACGAGGAGACUCCCGUUGUUCAGAACAGCAACAAGGAAGUGAAAGAAGAUGGGGAAAUCAAGGAAGAGGUCGAAGAGGUUAAGGAAGAAGUGAAGGACGACGAAGAGGAGGUCGAUCCUCUAGAUGCGUUCAUGGCAGAGGUCCAGGAAGAAGUUCGAAAGGUGAACAAGCUGGACAACAAGAGUGCGAAGAACACUAACAACGGCACGACCACCGGUGGAACUCAAAGCGGGGGUGUCGUAAUCGUGACUGGAGUGGCCAAGAAGAAAGUGCAGAAGCAGAAGGGAGAGUUGAUCGAGCAGAAUCAAGAUGGGCUCGAGUAUUCGAGCGAGGAGGAAGGGGAGAAUCUUCAUGAAACAGCUGCCGGUAUUGCGAACAAACAGAAACGCGAGUUAGCCAAAGUUGACCAUGCGACAACGGAAUAUCAGCCGUUCAGAAAAUCGUUCUACGUCGAAGUACCUGAGAUCGCGAGAAUGACGUCGGAGGAGGUGGAGGCGUACAAAGAAGAAUUAGAAGGGAUUCGCGUGAAAGGGAAGGGUUGCCCGAAGCCAAUUAAAUCGUGGGCGCAGUGCGGCGUCACGAAGAAAGAGUUGGAAGUGCUGAAGAAACUCGGUUACGAGAAACCGACGCCCAUUCAAUGUCAAGCCAUUCCCGCGAUCAUGUCUGGCCGGGAUUUGAUAGGCAUAGCGAAAACAGGCAGUGGAAAGACCCUGGCGUUCCUUCUGCCGAUGUUCAGGCAUAUUCUGGAUCAACCACCGCUGGCCGACGGUGACGGGCCGAUCGCGUUAAUCAUGACACCGACCAGGGAGCUGUGCAUGCAGAUCGGGAGAGAUUCGAAAAAGUUCACCAAGUCUUUGGGUUUAUCCCACGUUUGCGUUUAUGGUGGUACAGGCAUAUCGGAGCAGAUAGCCGAAUUGAAGAGAGGCGCUGAGAUAAUCGUGUGCACGCCGGGCAGAAUGAUCGACAUGUUGGCGGCCAACAGCGGACGAGUAACGAAUCUACGUAGAGUUACGUACGUCGUUCUCGACGAGGCCGACAGGAUGUUCGACAUGGGUUUCGAGCCGCAAGUCAUGCGAAUCAUGGAGAACGUUCGACCCGAUCGACAGACCGUGCUGUUCAGCGCCACGUUCCCACGGCAGAUGGAAGCGUUGGCGAGAAGAAUCUUGACCAGACCCGUGGAAGUCCAAGUCGGUGGACGGUCCAUCGUCUGCAAGGACGUCGAGCAACACGUGGUGGUGCUAGAGGAGGAUCAGAAGUUCUAUAAGCUGCUCGAGAUCCUCGGCCACUAUCAAGACAAAGGUUCCACUAUAAUAUUCGUGGAUAAGCAAGAGAACGCGGACACGCUGCUGAAGGAUCUCAUGAAGGCUUCGUAUUCCUGUAUGUCUCUCCACGGUGGUAUCGAUCAGUGCGACAGAGAUUCGACGAUAUUAGAUUUCAAAGCGGGAAGAACGAAGCUGUUGGUCGCUACUUCAGUGGCUGCCAGAGGCUUGGACGUGAAGCAUCUCGUACUCGUAGUGAAUUACGAUUGUCCGAAUCAUUACGAAGAUUACGUGCACAGAUGCGGAAGGACAGGAAGGGCUGGGAAUAAAGGAUACGCGUACACUUUCAUCACGUCGGAGCAAGAACGAUACGCGGGUGAUAUUCUCCGAGCUCACGAACUAGCCGGAGUGCCAGUGCCCGAACCGUUGCGUCAACUGUGGGAAGGGUACAAAGCCCGGCAGGCAGCAGACGGCAAGAAAGUCCAUACCGGGGGUGGGUUCAGUGGUAAAGGUUUCAAGUUUGACGAAUCCGAAGCAGCGUUAGCGAACGAGAAAAAGAAGUUCCAGAAGGCAGCUCUCGGACUUCAGGACUCCGACGACGAAGAUAUAGAAAAUGACAUCGAUCAGCAGAUUGAGAGUAUGUUAGCUCCGAAGAGAACGGUUCGCGAGAUCGCCAGGCCAUCUGCUGCGAACCUCGCCGUGCCCGGUCAGCCAGUGCCCAGUGCGACAGAUAAAUUAGAAUUAGCUAGGCGAUUAGCGUCGAAGAUCAACAUAGCGAAGAACCUGGGAGCCGAGGCGAAGGGAGCGACGCAGCAAGCGGCGGAGGCUAUACUCAAAGGUGCGGGACCAACCAAUCUCAUCACGGCGAAGACGGUCGCCGAACAGUUAGCUGCGAAGUUGAACACCAAGUUGAACUAUCAACCGCGCGAAGAGGAUCUCGUCGAAAGCGACGCGGAGACUGGGGAACAGACUUUCCGAAAAUACGAAGAAGAACUGGAGAUAAACGAUUUCCCGCAGCAGGCCAGGUGGAGAGUCACGAGCAAAGAAGCCCUCGCACAGAUCUCUGAGUAUUCCGAAGCUGGCCUCACCGUCAGAGGGACUUACAUCGCACCUGGUAAAGCUCCGCCAGAAGGCGAGAGGAAGUUGUAUCUCGCCAUCGAAUCUACCAGCGAACUGGCGGUCAGCAAAGCAAAGGCAGAGGUCUCGCGAUUGAUCAAAGAGGAAUUAAUCAAGUUACAAGCUUCCGGGGCGCACACAGCGUCUCGUGGCCGAUACAAGGUUUUGUAAAGAAAAUAAUGCUCUUCGUUUCGUAAUUCUCUGCAUUAAUGGUAUAUAUACAAACACUUAUAUAUGAUUCAUUUCGAUGAACUGCGUACGAUAAAAAUUAGAAAUUUAUUAUAACUUAUAGAUAUGUCUAUACAAAAAAGUUUGUAUUUAACAACGAGAACUUUGAUUAACACGUUAUUACCUGGUAGCAUCUGCGUGCUAUCCACAUUUUUAAUAACAAACACACGAGGCGAAACAAGAGA